UGUAAUGUGUUUAACACAAACAUGGAUUAGGCCUAAUGAGUAAUGUAGCAAUAAAGAAACUAUACCUAGCUAUAGUCUAAAUACAAUCAUUUCAACAUCGUUUUGGUUGUUAAAAAAAAGGUUUAAAAGAAGAUAUUUCCAAGUACGAGGAGGACUUCAUUAUUGUUUUCAUUUUAUUGUAAAAAGGUGUCACAAAAGUCUGCUUCAUCCACCUGUGUGUGUGUGUUUGUGCAUGUUUUCUGUGUUCAAGGCUUUAAAUAGCAACUUGCGUCAUCUUAGCGCGCCAGGUCUACCGGUUACCAUAGAGACCGCCCGGCUUGUUUACUUUAGACGCGCAGUAGUUAAACAUGGCGUGUGAAAUGCAGUUGGAAAUUGUUGGUUUGUUAAAAACGCACCAUUUUCAUGCUGCUAAAAGUAUUGCCGAGGGACUGAAACAAAAAUUCCCAACUUCAUUUGCUGACCCCAUCAUUCGGCCGUUGCUUGAAAGUGACUGGCAUGUCUAUAUAACGAAUAAAAGAAAGGAGCUCAGGGGGGAGAUGUGGCAGUACCCUGGUUUAAAAUAUAACGUGGCGUGCUUUGUGAGCGGGAGUUUGCUGGGUGAUGAGAAGCAGCUGCGUGGUUGGGCAGAGAAACACUGGACGUUCACCUUCUACCGUCCCCAAGCACUUUACAUGGCUCUCGCGCAGGAGUGCUACACCCAACACCUGCACAGCACUGGGCACGUAUUUGUAUACAUGGACGUUAUGAUUGGAGACGAGGCGGUCGGGCGAAUGCUGUUUGAGCUCUUCUCAGAUCUGUGCCCGAAGACAUGUGGAAACUUUAAAGCGCUGUGCACUGGAGAGGCACGCACCUCUCGAAGCAAUCUCACACUUUGCUAUAAGGACUCGUUAUUGAACAGAGUCGUGCCUAAUGGCUGGGUCCAGGGAGGAGACAUUACAGGACAAAGCAGAGGCAAUGGCGGGGAGUCCAUCUAUGGUCCAACAUUUGAAGAUGAGAAUUUCUCUGUGUCUCACAACAAGCGAGGCAUCCUGGGCAUGGCCAACCGAGGUCCCCACACUAACAGCUCUCAGUUCUACAUCACACUACAGCCAGCCCUGUGGAUGGACAAAAAAUAUGUGGCCUUUGGGCAAGUUGUUGAAGGCACAGAGGUUCUCAGGAGACUAGAAGAGGUGCCCACUUAUAACGAAAGGCCCAAACAAGACUGCAAGAUAGUCACCUGUGGAUUAUAUGAUCCUUGACUGACUGUCAUGGUGUAAAGAUUUAAAAAGAAAACAUUUCACUUGUAGAUGUUUUUUUUGUACUUUACUCUGCUUUUUCCGUGUUUUCUUCACGUGUUCUUCCGACCCGAGUGGCUUGCGUUCGGGCAGAAGAACGAACUUUACGUCUUUUGAAACGCAGUUAAGGAAACGAGGGUCUUAAACUUCAGCCAUAAACAUUUCGGGGUUUUGCCUGUACAUCUUCAAAGGGAUAACAGAAUAAAAACGUGCUUGCUGAAGGUGGUCGUCAUGUUCCUCCUACGAAUAAUUUCAUUUUUGAUGACAAUGUGUGCUAAUAUAAGACUGUGUACCAAUAUGUACACUCUUCAUAAGGAAAACAAACUUCAGUUUUAUAGCCAGAUCAUUAGCAUGCACAUACUCUUCCUCGGGCCAUAACAUGGCACCCCUGGAGCAGAGAGAGGGUCCGGCAGUGGGAGCAUCGUGGUGCUGGGGUUGGAACUCAUAACCUUUUGAUCGAUUUAUUUAUUUAUUUAUUUAUUUAAAAUUGCUGAGCUACUGUUGUCUUUAUGUAAACUCUAGCGCAGUGGUCAGCAACGAUCGACCUUCCCGAGGGUUUCAUCUCCAACCAAAAUCUAACACGCUUGUUUUAGCUUAAGGUGCAGAUUAGACGGUCAGGUGGCUGGUUGGCGCUUAAAAAAGGAAGGUAGAUCUCCACGAACAGAG